AUGACUGGAGUUUACAGCCCGCCCAGUCCCCCGCAGCGGCCCAACUUCCAGUGGGUUCUGGCAACUCCCCCCGAUCCUCAUCGCAAACUUCUCACACUCACGUAUACACCCAACCGCCUCAAGCCAUCACAAAAGCGUGCAAUGGAAGACACUCUCCAAACGCGCCGUGACGAUGCCAGAAAGAACAAGAUGAUCAGAAUUCCUGAAAUUCCCAUGGAAGCUGCCGUGGUUGCCCUCCACCCAUGCUACCGAGGCACCAAGCUCGAUGGCGGCUACUACGAGUGGCUUAACCGCAAAGUCUACAACUUUGAAAUGCCUGAUAUCGUCCGUCGGGUUAACAAGUUCCGUGGCUUCCCUCAAAGAGACGACCCGAAGUACAACAUCAUCGAUCCUGAGAAGUACCAAGAGCACUACCGCUCAGAGAAAGGUCAAGCUGAGCUAGAACCGUACAUGCCGUACCUUCGCAAGUACUGGGCCACCAACGGCGAUGUCUUUGAUGAGCAUCUCGACACCUUGGACAGCUACCACGAGGAUACCGACGAGGACGAAGGCCGCCAUAUCGAUGUUCUCGAAGGUUACGAGGAUUCCCGCAUCAUGGGUGAUGUUGCCGAGGCUGUGUGCGGACUCUCUACUCCUCCUUCUCUUCAUGGACCAAGUCGCUGGGAGCAAGAGCGCAAAGACUUCACUCGCGACGUUGCAAGGAGGGCAUCCCAAGGGAAGCGAAUUGUGGAAGCCACUGCCACUGCCGCUAUUCGAGAUUCUGCUGAGGAGCAUGGCUCACUCGCUUGGGAGUCAGCUAAUGGUCUUUUGUCAUCUCCCCUGACUCUGAACGGUUCUAGCCCGAACUUGUCCGGAUUCUUCGAGUCUAUCGAACAGGACCGCAGCAACGCCCAAAGUCCUGGCCUGAUUUGGUGGAACCCUUUUGGCUCCAAGGUUUCAUCUCCGGUAGCUGCUUUGCAGAACAGUUCUCCCAUACCUCCAAUCGCCCCGAGCCCCGUCUUUUCGCCAGUUCCAGAGCUCGAGAGAGCCUACCAAGGAGCCAGCCCGCGCAGUCCUCCCCAUUCUGUUAACUUAUCCAUGAAUCGACCCGCCAGCGCCAUGGCAUAUCAUAGCCCAGCCGGCGAGAUCUUCACCAGCAGGGCUUCAUGCUAUCCCGAGGACGCUAGAUGGGAGAAUUUCCGAGCACGUUCAAACGUUCAGAAUUUGGCAAUUGCCAACGCAUUUGAACCGGUUCCAUGGAUGGCAGGGCAUUCUCCGGUAUUCGACACUGAGCAAAAGGACAACGCAAAUGAGUUUGGAAGUUUGGGAUUCCCAAUGGGUAUUCGACGAUGGCAUCAUUAUAGGGCCCCGAGUCACUAUGGACCCCCAGAGCACUAUGAGCCCCCGGCUGACGAUUACACGUGGUGCACAUGUCCGGAGCACUCCAGCGGCCUUCAGGACACCGUCCUGACUUCAUCCUCGCACCCUGAGAACUUUAAGAGCGUUCGUGACAGGGUCCCCACUCCACUUCCCUUCGUUACUGCACGUGCCGAGAAGCGUCAGCGCGAGGACGAUGCCGACGAUGAGGCAUCCGACAAGGAAGACACCGUUGUCGUCAGAACUGAGGGACGGCCCGCUGCGAAGCGAAGACGAACCGAUGCGGUGGUUCAGCCCAAGUGGCGCAAGAGCCAAAAGGUCCGCAAGGCCCGCAAGAGUGGCAAGAGCAAGAAAGGCAAGAGAGGCAAGAAGAGGCAGCAUGGUUCCGACGAUGACGAGUACGAGUUCACCGGCCUCGAGGUUGCAGAUGAGGACAAGGCGUACGAGAGAGUCUAG